CCCAUAACAGCCUCACUGCGCCCAUCCCUCUCCGCCGACAUUCUGACCGUGCCUGGCUGCACCUUCCCUCCAACACCGCGCUCCUGCCGUAACUCCACCACUCCCGCCCACCACUCCGCCCACUCGACCCCUCGCUCCACCGCUCGCCCGACGCAAUUCCUCGACGCAGCCACCCACCAUGCCGGGAGCACUGCGAAGCCGCCUGCGCCGCGUCCUCACCGGCCAGGAGGGCGAGGGCGGCAUUGCGGGCAAGAUGAAGCGCGGCAAAAAGGACGAGGCCACAGAGCCCGACAGCGACUUCUACAAGCCCGGCGAGAAGAUGCCACCGCUGAAGUACCGCCGCCCUGUCGACCCAGAGCACAAGAAGACGCUCGAGGCCUUUACCUGGAAGAAGGCGUGGCGCCGCCGCAGCCACCAGAGCCUGUACUCGCCCAUGGGCAGCCGUCUACCAAGCCGCAAGGGCAGCUUCCGCAGCAGGCGCAGCCGCAGCCGCAGCGUGCACCGCAGCCGCCGGUCGAGCUUCCACAGCGACUACGACGAAGACGAGACGUGGGUCGACAGCGGCAUUGGCGCAAGCAUCUCCGACAGCGAGCGGCCUGCGAACAUCCGCGAGGCCAGUGACGACGAGGGCGAUGUCCUUAAUGUCGGCCUCUCCCGCAAUCCCACACAAGACCCUCGCGACACGAAAGAGCGGAAAGAGUCGGCCCCCGGCCCCCGGCGCUCGAGCUCAAUCCACUCGGUGCGACCCAGCAGCACACGUCCAGGCACGGCCUCGGACCGCACCCGUCAGAACUCGCAGCCAUUCACCCCCGAGGACCUCGAACUAGCGCUGCAAAAAUCGCAUCUCGACGCCAACAAACUCCAAGUCAUCGAGCAGUCCGACCCGAGCGGAAACGGGACACUUGACGACGACGGUGACGAGGCGAGCCCCUUUGACAACCUGCGUCCUCGUGGCGGAUCCAUCUUUGUUCACCAGGAUUCCGAGAGCCCUGGAAUGUUCCCAGGAUGGAGCUUCGUCUCCUCGCCCACCAAGGGCGGACCCUCGUACUUCCCACCAAAAGACAUCGGCCCGCUCCAGUUUGAGCAAGACACGUCCAUGUUCCAGAGACGCGAAUCUGUGUUCGUCUCCAACGAGAACACCCCGCAGACUGGCCGCCGCGGCUCGACAUAUGCCCCUGAUGAGGAGGAGGAUGAUGUCCCUGCCCUUGCAGCUGCACCGCCCGUCGAGCCACCGAAGCGCAAACCCAUUGUCUCCUGUCCCAGCGACGAGAUCAUGAAGAUUCUCGCCCGCAAGGACUAAGUCAAAGCACCACACGCAUCACUUUUUCUUCGCUUGUUCAUAUUACUGCAUCCAUUUUGCGCGUUUGGUCCGCGCAUUGCAUUUCCAGGCGUUGUACAAUCUGUUCAUUUUGGAGUUCACAGGCCUCGUGCCGUAUCCUGUUUUGCACAUUGGGAGGCUGCAAUCAUAGACCUUUGCAUAGGCUCAUUGGAUUACCAGAAGGGAGGCACAAGAAUAGAACCUUGAGAGGCAUAGCUAUUACAUUUAGCAGGCGCAGCCACAGAGCGCGCAAUGAUAUUAUAUCGUCAUCACGCGCAUU